AUGCUCAACCCUAGAGACUCUGCCAAAGACAACGACUUUGAGCUCUAUCGAUACACUCCAUCACUUCCCGCUGCCAUCCAUGGUGUCAUUGUGUUUGCCAUCCUCACUGUCGUACAUACAGUACGGCUUCGCCAAGCUCGAGCUAAUUACUUCAUACCUUUCACCAUUGGUGGCUUGUUUCAAACUAUUGGUUACGCAGGAAGGAUAUGGGGCCACUAUGACAAGGAGGCCCUUGGUGGCUUCGUGACCCAAGCAGUUCUCAUUCUAGUCGCACCCGCCUUAUACGCUGCCUCAAUCUAUAUGAUCCUCGGUCGACUCAUCCGAACACUCGACGCCCAACACCUGUUUUUCAUACCUCUCAAAUGGGUUACAAAGAUCUUUGUCGCCGGAGACGUCUUGUCCUUCACUCUACAAGCAAGUGGAGGCGGCUUGUCGUCCGGCGGCACCGUUGAUAUGUAUCAUCUCGGUGAGAAGGUCAUCGUUUCCGGUUUGUUUGUGCAAAUUGCGAUUUUUGGCAUCUUUGUUGUCUCAACCGCAAUUUUUCACUCUCGGAUAAGGAAGAGCCCAACUGCCAUCGCUUCUCACGGCGAUAUCCCCUGGAAGAGACACCUCAAUGUCCUUUACCUGACUAGUGGACUAAUCUUGGUACGAAGCAUCUUCCGUGUCAUUGAGUAUAUCCAGGGGAAUGAUGGAUAUUUGAUCUCUCAUGAGGUAUUCUUGUAUGUUUUCGAUGCGUUGCUAAUGGCCGCGGUCAUGGUUAUUUUCCUGGUUUCUUAUGUUGAUGGUCUUACAUCGGUGCGCAAGGAUAAGGAGGCAUCGGUUGAUUCCAAUGGUCACAUCAUGAAUGAGUUGCGAUAG